AUGGGAAUAGAGCACAGAGUUGCAACAGCUUACCACCCACAAACUGGUGGUCAAAGAGAGAAGUUCAACAGAACUCUUUGCACUAUGCUAUCCAACGUUGUUAACUCAAAAAGUAAUGACUUGGAUGAACACAUUCCAAUGGUACUUUUUGCAUACAGAACAGCUAAACAUGCGUCCACGCAAAUGGAUUCGUUUUCUUUAGUUUAUGGAAGACAGGCAAGAUUGCCUGUAGAACUUGAUCUUCCUGUCACUGAUAGUUCUACUACGCAGGUAGAAGACGAAGACCUUGCAUUCAAACGACGUGCUGAAGCGUUUCUGACUGUAAGAGAGGCAAGAAAAAGGGCCAAAAGAAGAAUAUAUGAAGCACAGAAAAAACAAAAGAAGUACCAUGACAAGAGUGUUUCUAACGAAAGAUUUAAGAAAGGAGAAACUGUUCUUCUUCACAAUAAAAGAAAAAUCAGCAGAAAAGGUGGAAAACUGGAAAAGAAGUGGCUAGGACCAUACCAGAUAACUAAUGUGAAAGUACAGAAAAACGGCGUAUGUGUUUACGCCUUAAAAGGCUUGAAAGGAGCAGUCAACGGAGGCAGAUUGAAAAAAUAUAGAUCCCCUGAUUCAAAAAGUAAGGAAGAGGAGUCUUCAAGUGACACUGAUGACACCAUCCUUUAUUAA